UUUAAUGGCGGAUCAAAAGAAGCCGGCAUCUUUUCAUAUACUUCCAAAGAUCAUCAAUGGCGGGAUCGCUGGCAUCAUUGGUGUGACAUGUGUGUUUCCAUUGGAUUUGGUCAAGACGCGGCUGCAGAACCAGCAGGUCGGUCCAAAUGGCGAACGAAUGUACAAGAGCAUGUUCGAUUGCUUCCGCAAGACAUACGCCGCCGAGGGCUACUUUGGUAUGUAUCGCGGGUCGGGAGUGAACAUCCUAUUGAUUACCCCUGAGAAGGCUAUCAAGCUGGCGGCCAACGAUUAUUUCCGUCAUAAAUUGACCACUAAGGAUGGCAAGCUUCCCAUCAGCAGUCAGAUGGUAGCGGGAGGUCUGGCCGGAGCAUUCCAGAUCGUUGUCACCACCCCCAUGGAGCUGCUCAAGAUCCAGAUGCAGGACGCGGGACGAGUGGCAGCGGCCGCCAAACUGGCGGGUAAGACGGUAGAAAAGGUGUCGGCCACCCAGCUGGCCUCACAGCUGGUAAAAGAGAAGGGAAUAUUUGGCCUCUACAAGGGCAUCGGUGCCACGGGACUGCGAGAUGUGACAUUCUCGGUCAUCUACUUCCCGUUGUUUGCCACGCUCAACGAUCUCGGCCCGAGGCGCAAGGAUGGCUCGGGCGAGGCUGUCUUCUGGUGUUCCUUCCUGGCUGGCUUGGCGGCGGGUUCUACUGCUGCUUUGGCCGUCAAUCCCUUCGAUGUGGUAAAAACACGCCUUCAGGCGAUUAAGAAGGCCGAUGGCGAGAAGGAGUUCGAAGGCAUAUCGGAUUGCAUCACUAAGACGCUGAAGCAUGAGGGACCCACGGCAUUCUUCAAGGGCGGCCUGUGCCGUAUGAUUGUGAUUGCUCCAUUGUUCGGCAUUGCUCAGACAGUUUACUAUCUGGGCGUGGCUGAGGCACUGUUGGGCAUGGAAAAGAAAUAAAGGAGACCUCCCUUCGGAUAAAUCUAAUCGAUAAGACAACAAAUUGCAUGUUUACACUCUGAAUGUUGAAGGUGUAUUUGUGUUGAAAUGUUAUUCUUGAAGCUGUCCAAGAAUGUAAUUGAAAAGUCUCAUAAUGUCAGCGGUCAGUCCAAAAAUCAUGUGUACAGGCCUUUGGCAGUGAACCUAUGCU